AUGCCUCGAUCCACCAUUGUUGUUGGUGUUCAUUGCUCCAAAACUUUUCAUCCUUACUUUUCAGCCUGGAUCGAUCUUGAAGCUAAACCCUUCUGCAAAAAUACUGUCAUCCAUGAUACGGAUGACAGCCGUUUGAAUCGGAAUCAGCGCCUAACGCAAGUACAAACUCCUCAACAACGUAAUACUAUGACAAUCAUAAUAUAUUCACAAGAUAUGCAAAGUACAUUUCAAUCCUUGAUUUUAAGUUCCUCGGUUCUCAUUUCUCAUCUUCAGUCCUCGAAUACUUUCAACAACUUUUCACAUUCAUCACAUGAAUUGAAAGAAAUUGUUGCAAUGUUUCUUCAUGUUCUUGCACAUGAUUUAAAAAAUAGAACAAUACAAGCAACCUUUGCUCAUUUUGGAGAGACUAUCAGUCGACAAUUUCAUGUAUUCCUUAAAGCACUACUCAAGCUUGGAAAGUAUUAUAUAAAACAAUGUAAUAACCAGAGUAAUUACAUAAAGGAUACAAAGUGGAAUAGGUUUGAGGUUCAAGCUCACUAUCGAGAUAGAAAGGGGGACAUUAGCACCAAUGUUUUAGCUGCAUGUUCUGCUUUGGAUCCACGCGUUCUACGUGAUGCUCUCCAAAGGCCUAAUGGUUUGAAGAUUCCUAGAAAUAAGUAUUUUCUUGUGGAUUUGAGAUUUGCUAAUGCUGAAGGUUAUCUAGCUCCUUAUAGAGGUACGAGGUACCAUUUGAAUUUGUGGAGAGGCACCAUUCCAACAAAUUACAAAGAGCUUUUUAAUUUACAACAUUCUUCAGCUCGAAACACAAUUGAAAGGGCUUUUGGGUUAUUGAAAAAGCGAUGGAGUAUACUUAGAGAUCCAAAUGAAGAUUUACUAAAUAUAGAGACAAUUGAUAAAGAAGAUGUAGAAGAUGAUUACAUUUUUAGUACGCAAUCAAGUAAUGAGUGGAAAGUGUUUAGAGAUAAUCUUGCUCAAAAGAUAUUUGAAGAAUAUCAAUAG